AGUUAUCUGAAAGACAGGAAAGGAAAGGAAAGGAAACCCUAAUCUCUGAAAAAAGAAGCAAUGGAAGAGAUCACUGAAGGAGUAAACAACAUCAACAUAGCCGAUUCUCACAAGAAAAACCGGAUUCAGGUCUCAAAUACGAAGAAACCUCUCUUCUUCUAUGUCAAUCUCGCUAAGAGAUAUAUGCAGCAAUACGAUGAAGCUGAGCUUUCGGCUUUAGGAAUGGCAAUCUCCACUGUUGUCUCUGUAGCUGAGAUUCUGAAAAACAAUGGGUUUGCUGUUGAGAAAAAAAUCAGAACGUCCACAGUUGAAAUGAAGGAUGAAUCCAGGGGAAGACCAGUACAAAAGGCCAAGAUUGAAAUAACACUUGGUAAGACAGAGAAAUUUGAUGAGCUGAUGGCUGCUCAAGCAGAACAAUCCGAGAAUGGUGGAGAUGUUGAGGUGCUUAGCUGAAGGAGAAACAGCCAGCCAAUAUGGUGGUAGGGUUCUAGUCCUUAGUUGCGACACAAGUAAUUUAGUGGCUUGCUAGUGUUGAUUUUAUUACCAUACUCAAUAUUAAAAUCUAAAUUUUAUUGCUUCAGGUUCUUUCACAUUUGUUUUCUUCUGUUUAAGACUAUGGUUGUUGUUAGAGUGUUAAACUUUAAAAGAUAUGUUAGCUCUUCUAAAUAGUUGUAGCAGAUGUUUGUUU